AUGCCCAGGAAAGCCAACGGUACGACCAGCAGACCUAGCAGGGCGACGGGUUCUGCUCCCUCGUCAGCCUCGUCCACCGCAGACGACUCCAACAUGUCUGGAAAUCUGCUUGAACAACGGCGCAAGCAUGCCUCGCUCGAAUCUCCAGACUCUGCUACCGUGACGGCCAAUCUCAUGAGCAGGAGCUCCUUUACCCUCGACAAUGAACCUCCGCCGACAACCCACCCAGAGACUGCCUCCAAAGGCUUCACAGACCUACCCGAGCAAGACAAGCGCAAUUUCCUCCUACUCGUCUUGUUAUACUUCUUGCAAGGCAUUCCUAUGGGUCUGGCCAGUGGUUCGGUGCCUUUCCUCCUAAAGUCGCAUCUCUCGUACGGCCAGAUUGGCGUCUACUCGCUCGCUUCAUACCCCUAUUCGCUCAAGCUAUUAUGGUCGCCCAUUGUCGACGCUGUGUGGACCCCCAAGUUGGGCAGAAGAAAGAGUUGGAUUCUUCCUAUUCAGACAAUCAGUGGCUUCGGUAUGAUCUGGCUUGGAUCUCACGUCGAGGACAUGAUGGUCAAGGCCGGUGAGAAUGGCGGCGCAGGUGUCUGGAACUUCACUGGAUGGUGGUUCGCUCUCGUCCUGAUGUGCGCUACUCAAGAUAUCGCUGUGGAUGGUGUGUAUACCCUCGAUCUUCCAAAAGACUCAGUACUAACAUAA